GCACUCAAUCUAAUGGAAAUGAUUUUUGUGCAUGUGGUAUCAAGAGUUUAUAUGUACAACAAUGAUGAUCAGUGGGACCAUAGGUACACGAAAGAAAGGGAUAGGCAACACCCAGCACUUCCGUUGGAUAAGGCGAGUUGCUAAAAAGGGGCGUGUAAUGAGCAAAAAGGGGUGUGUGCACUCAAAAUGUCAGUAAAGAUAUUAAUAGUUUGUAGUAUUAUAGCAAACUGUGCUCUUGAGGAGACACCAGAUACACUUAGACAUAGGCUAUUAAUAUUUUAGAGCUACUAUAUGCAAAGUGAUGAGAAAGUGAGCUCCAAAGGGGGUGUCAUUACACUCUACAAACCAUAACAGGUCUGUUCCCAAGUCCUUCAAAUGCCAUCUCUUCGAUCACACAAUACAGAUAAAGAUACUUGUGUUCCACUUUCUAAUACCUAAACUGUGUCUUAGAGCACUUCAAACUAGAUUACCAUGUACAGUAAGAGCAGGAGAGGUACGCAAACUUUCUGGACUUUGGACAAACGUUUCAUGAUGCUGCUACUACUUCACUGCAUUGAGAGCUGGAAAAUAUGCUUUGUUCCAUGCAGUUAUAAACACACUUUAAUUCUGUGAAACGUACAUGUUAUAAAAUUAUUUCAUAUUGGAGAUAUAGGUACAUAAACUGACAAAUCGGUGUUUUUUCACACAAAUCAAGCUGAAUAAAAGAAAGCUCGGCACUAACAUAGCAACUGUAGCUAUCAGUAGUGCUGGGUGUAUGUGUGAAUGAUGCCUGAUUGCUUUGAAUUUCUCUUUUAGGCCCCCUACGAGAAAAAUAAGCAGAUAUAGGGAUCAUUGUGUACUUUCUUGAGCACAACUCGCCUCCAACCGGAGGGUGUGACGUCACACACUGCAUUUACCUAGCAUCACGUGAGGCGUUGCCUAUCCCUUUCUUUUGUGUAUCUAUGGUGGGACCAGGAAUUAAACAACGAUACAAAAACAGGAUGCAUCCUAAUGACUGAUGGUGACAUUGUCCACGUCACAUUUUCCCCACCGCCGCGGUGUCCAACUGCGCAUGCACAAAAUAAUCAGUAGUACUGCUGGAUUUUGAAUGGCUAUUAAUGUCGACUACUCUACCAAGAAUACCUAAACUGCAACCUGAUCUGGUGGUUGCAACUCCAAAUGAUGGUGCAUGGAAAUCAGCAACUGGUUUUGGGAAUAAAUAUUACUGCUUUAUGAAGGCCAAGGACCCACUCUAUUACAACAGUCUCGCUGACAAGCAUACUACCAAGUAUGUCGAGAAACCUGCUGUUAAGAAACACCUCCACACAAUGGGUCUCACUGCUGUCGAUGGAACGGUCUAUCCCACGAGAGAAGAGCAAUUUGAAGCCAACCGAAUCAACCGUCUCUAUGAGGAACGUCAAGAUAUGCUUUGCAAGCUCGUCAUGCGUGAGCAGUCCCAUCUUUGCCACCUUAGGAGAUCAGCGCGAGCCGGAGAACUGAUGUUCACCAAGAACGGUGUGUUUGAGACCAACCCCUGUGACGACUGUCAUAUCUAUCACAAGGUGACCUCUUAUCUACAUGCCCAUCCUCCUCUCUGGGGAGAAGACAAAAGAAGGAACGAGAAGCCAAGCGUCUUCUCACCCGGAGACAAAGAAACUGUGUAUCCGCCCGAACCUCCUGUUUGAAAAGUGCCUAUGUUCACACACAGAGGAUGGACCGUGUUAUCACCCAGACAGCCAAGAGAGAGCCUCCAAAUUGGUCGACUUACAUAUCUCGCAGGAAUAUUCCUGAGAUGGGUGUCCACACAUCUGAACCAGAUUUUUCUGUGAAUGAGUCUAGCUCUUGUGUAUCGCGAUACACAAGCAGCAACAUAUGGUCUGAGUCCUCAACUGACACACUCCUUCGUGAGAUGUCGUACUCUGAUCUCGACUUUGACUCUGGUCUAGAGCUCAUCCACCGUUUGUCAUUAGAAAACAGAGAACUUGACAACAAGCUUUGUGAACAAAUGCUCAGACUUGAGAAGGAUGCACUCGAGGAGAUCUGGCAAAAGCUGACUGAAAAAUACACCAAGGAUUUCCAGGAUGUUGAAAGACUCAAGGCGGCCGAAGUAACAACGUGUGAAUUUAAUGAUCGAAAUAAAGUUGACAAGUGCAAAGUAGAAUACAACAGAGAACUGAAGCGCAAGACAUCACUGGAGGCCAUUCUCAAUGUUCUAGAUAAUGAGCAGAAUAAAGUGGAUGCUGCUAUGAUGAAGCAGAAAGCUGCUGAUAAGCUUAGAAAUGAGCAGUGCAAUAUAGAUGAGCUCGUUGCUGAGCAGAUCAAGCUCACAAUUAAGGGUGUUUGAAGAAGAGCUUGAAGAACAGAAAGGAGUGCUCAUUUCUACCAACAAUAAAGCCAGGGGGAAGGCAGAUGGAACUGGUUGGGAAGCAAGAUGAUGAUCAGAUCACAAGCUACAGACUGAUCAGCCAUGUUGUUCGGCAGGUACAUUCUUCGGGAGUGCUAUCAAGGCAGAGCAGACAUGAAUCUCCUCAGAUUUGGUAGCAACAAUUUUGUUCCUAUGAGUCCAACUGAGAAAGAUGUCAUACAACUGUUCAGACUCUGCAGCAAAUCAAAUCGGACAUGAACUGUAUGUUUCCUCAAAUCGAGAACAUUCUUAAGAAAAGAAUUCCAGGCGACUCUUCACUACAUACAAAUUUUCCAAACUGGAAAUCCCAAGUGCCUAAGUAUGGCAGUUCCCCAAGAAGAGCUGUGCUCCACUCACGAUGAAACUGAAAGCUCUUGCACAGCCCAAGCUUCCAAGUAUGACUCAGCUAGUACUCUGGGAAUUCUGAGCACAAUAUGGUCAACAAUUCAAAAAGCCGAGGGUCCAUCCUCUGACAAGGAUGGAACCUCCGAGCCUGGAUAUACAUCUACUAAAAGCAACGAGGAGACCAUUGUGACGCUUUCACCAGCAACAGCAUCAGUGAAAAAAUUUCCUCUCUCAAUUCAGGAGAGGAAGAGUUCACACAGACCUCUAUUCCCAGAAUACCAACCCCUCCAGCUUAUUCCAGACCAGCAAGGAUACACUGUAAUAUAGGAGUGAUCUCUUGUCAGUCAUCUUUGCGACAAAUCAAAGAAAAUUCAGCGUCUGACUUUAAUAAUGAGUUUGUCAGCCCCUUAGCUGUUCACUCUCAGGGAGUAUUUCCGUACCGCUCACAGAGAACACAUCUUGGUAUCAAAAACAAUAUGGAAAUAACUCCUGCGGAUCGAAAGCAGUUCUAUGAGGAGAGACUGAUACAUUCGAGAGAUGAACUGAUCAAGCAGGAUGAAAGGAUCAGAAAUAGUAUGGAAGAACUUGUCCCACCAAAGAGAACACUGUUAGAGUUCUAUACUGCAGAGGGCGAGGGCAACCCAAUGCCUGCUCCCACCCCAGAGGUGACUCCCAUGGUCAGUGAGACGUGUAUGCAAUUAGAGACAACAGCAUUAACUGAGGAAUCCAUUGGUAUCCCGAGAACAGAUGCUGAAAAACCUGAUGAGGUAAAAAUGUUGCCGCUUUAGACAUUUUUAUGAUAACAGAAGAGUGACAAGCCACUCAUGGACAAGUACUUAGACAAUGCCUCAACAUACACGUCCUCAGCAAAAUCUUUAACAUUAUCAGUAAUCAAUGCUUCAAUUUCCAAGCUCAACACAAAAGCCCAGAGUACAAGCCAGCCUGAAAUUCCCUUGGCUAAUAUCAAAAUGGAGCCAGAAACAGUGGCCCUUUUGCACACAGAGGAAGCUAACGUUCCCAAAAUUGGCAGUGCUUCCUCCACCAUAAUUUUAUCCUCCAAAAAAGGAUCAAAAGCAUCGUUGAAUGAAACUUUGGGCACUGAAAAAUUCAGCAGCAUGCAGAAAACAGCCAGUUCUGCUCCCACCAAGAAAAGUUCAUGUUCAUCGGCAGCGUCUCUGUGACUGCCAGCAUCCCAAAAACUGCCAGUGUUGCCUCCACCAAAUCAUCCACAAAAGCAUCGCUAAAUGAAACGGUGACCACUGAAAAGGUUAGCGUUCCAAGUGCUUCUAUAGUGCAAAAGAAGAAGUCCACAGCAAGCAUCGCACCACCAUCAGAAGUGUCUGUGGAGUCUUACAUGGAGCCACUCUCCUCCAAGAACAAGAAGACACUAAAAGAAGCUCCAGUAACUAUUAAAUCUCCAACUGAAAGCAUGAAAUCAUUGGGGCCACUCAUCUUUCUUUGAAAUCCCUUUUAGAUCUACUGCCGUCUAAAUUGCAUGUUCUCUUCACAGUUUGCCAAAAUGUCAAGGAGUGGUUCUAAAAGCAACAACGAUGUAACAAAGUAUUUGCUUUUGGGUUCAACGUCUUCGAUUCACUCAAGCUAGAACCCCAACUGAAUGUGCCUGAGUUUAUAUUUUGAACUAUGGGACUACUCUUUUGUAGCUAUGAUAUACAGUCUCUCUAAGUUAUCGUAACUGGAAGAAAAUUUAACAGUACUGUAGAGUGCACAAAAAACUCAGUGAACGAGUGUUGCAAGCGUGCGCUUGCUAAUGCCUCUCGCCAUGUUAUGCUUUCGCUCUAGUGUUAUAGUAGUUUCUAUAAUGAAUUUUACAUUAAAGUUAGCUUAUCUAUAAACUCACUGAGAAGAAAAUACUUAUUUACAUGCAUCUAUUGUUGUUAUCUAUUGUAUUAUGUGGCUUACCAGGACCGCAAGAAAGAAGAAAAUUGAUUCAUCUGUAUGGCCAUGAGCUGAAUCUCCCCUCGCUUCCAGAGAUGGUGUUCCCAGAGAGUCGGCUAGAGUUAGAGCACGAGUGUGGUUGUGUGCUCAGCUUCAUCACCCUGGAUGCCCUCAAGCUCAUCAACUCUACAGAGGAGCCACUCAAAGUGGCAGCUGCUGAAGACUGGGUCAAAACAAGGUGACAUCUGCUAGCAAUUACAAACUUUUUGCUUGUCAUGAUUAUUGUCUGCAUUAUUUGGGAUGUGUAAACUUAGUAUGGUACUGAAGUCAUUGCUGUGCCUGUUCAGCCCUGUUGCAAAGAUUUUACAAACCCUGUCAAGGCCCUGAAACAAUGGCAGACUUAAAGCUAAUUAACGUUUUGACAACGUGAUAUACAGAAUGAUAAUUGCCAUGUCUGCUUUUUAUAGAGGUACCGGUGUAGAAGCGAUAUGGGCCCCCCCCUUAUUUUGGGGCCCCCGGCCCUAAAACGCUAGCGAUUUGGGGUGUUAGGGGGGGGCCUAUUGCGCUAGUGAUAUGGGCCCCCCAUAGUGAUUUAGGGCCCCCCUCGAGAUAGCAACGCAAUGUUCUACCAUGUACCAGGAGAGAAAGGUGCCUCAUCGAUGAGCAAGCUGCCAGGUGCAACCUCUGAAGGUGGCUUUCAGUUCUACCUAUUGAUGACCACGGUUUCAGAGAUGCACCCUGUAUUUGUUAUGGCUGGCCACUGCCAUCAACCCCAACUAAGUGCAACUGUGGCUCAGCCUUCUCAGCAAACCAUGCGCAAUGAUUUUUACCAAAGGGCGACUUCCCAACUAGAAGGCAUAACGAGCUACGUGACCUGACUGCUUCACUUCUCACCAAAGUCUGCCACAAUGUUGCCACAGAACAUGAGAACCCCGACUACAACCACUAAGCGAGAAUCUUUAUCCCACCGCUCAGCCAUUUAACCACUGACAAUGCCCGCUUAGACAUCCGUGCAAGAGGUUCUGGUUUGCUGUUCAAAACGCAUAUUUUGAUAUACCCGAAUGCACCCAGCAACAGCUCCAGAACCAUCAAAGCUGCCUACAAGAAACAUGAGGUACAAGAAACAUGAGGACAAAAAUAAACGGGCUUACGGCCAACGCGUCAGAGACAUUGAGCAAGGAGUUUUCACCCCCUCGUCGACGUCUUCUAUAAACCACAGGUGGACUGGGGCAAGAGGCCGCCACCUUCUACAAAAGACUAGCAGACAUGCUCGCCUGGAAAUAAGGAAAAAACUAUACUCAGUAGUAAUCAGUUGGCUAAGGUGCAAGCUAUCCUUCGCUGCCGUCCGAUCUUCAAUUAUGUGCAUCCGUGGAACAAGAUCAUCAAAUCAUGGACCCCUAUAUACGGAACAAGAUCAUCAAAAUAAUCAUGGACCCCUACGGAACAAGAUCAUCAAAUCAUGGACCCCUACGUGAUGCUACAUCACUCUUCCUACAAGAGGGCCUGAUCCCUCAAAUUUAAUUAACUGUCACUAUAAACUGCUUUCAAUAAACCAUUAUAAUUAUAUGUACACGUAUACAUGCUUCUUCUUAUUAACUACUCCUGGUU